UCAGUGGACUAUGGGAGCACUUAUAUAAAACUGAAUAAUAAGGUUGGGUCAACCUUGGCUUGCCUUUACGUCUGCCCAACCAACAAGAGAAAGGUUUGUAUCACAUCUCCAUGGUGAAGGACUCCAGUGAAAACCAGAAUGUUACAUGUUUAUCCAGCUGUUCCUUAGCUUGGGUGUCAGUCUCUCUCUCUGCUUCAAACCAUUCCAUCUUGGUUUUGAACAUUGUCAUUCUUGGUAUAUUCACAUUGAAGAACACAGAACACCCAGGUUAGUUCCUAGUGCCAAUCGAUAAUCCUACCCAGACACCAGUUUAUAAAGAUUUCUGCUACCUCACCUUACUAACUACCCCACACUCACACUCACACUACUCUACUAUAACUACCCCACACUCACUACAACCCCACAAUGACUAACUACCUCACUAAAACUACCAUGCUAAAAAACACUAAGAUAGUUUACAACAAGCUGUGAUGUUCUGUUGAUCGGUUUACUAUUGACUAAGGAUGUUGGUACAUCAUGUCACUUUUACUUUAAUCAAAAAUGCAUUUAUACUGCUGUUUAUUCCUAAUGCUGCACAAUGACAUCAUGCAAUCAUAUCCUCCAUUGAGCACAAUCAUCUUUACUCUGUUUCUAUCCCCCUAAUAUCUCUCCCCUUUUGUACUUUAGAUAAUGAUGCUUAGCGACCCAGAGCUGGAGCAAAGUGUACUCAUCAGCUCGGAUGAAGGUGCCAGCUUUGAGAAGUAUCCCAUUAACUUCUACAUGGACGGUCUGCUGUUUCAUCCAACUCAGGAAAACUGGCUGCUGGCUAGCAGUCCUGACAACAAGGUAGGCUAAGCAGAAGGACUUUUAUUUCAAUGUUGAAUGGAAAAUAAGUCCAAAGUUGAAAGAUACUGCUAAAGUAUUGAACAAUUCUGUUUUGUAUUUUUCUCUUUCAUCACUUGUUCUGCAUUACAUAAUUGUAAAGGUUGAAUGUACAGACUUGAUGUGACAAUGUUUGAUCACAUUCAUGUUUUGUCAGGUGUACAGCACAAUGGAUUUUGGAAGAAAAUGGCAGUUGGUUAGUGAGAAUGUGACUCCUGGACGGUUCUUCUGGUAUGAUUUCAUUCCUGCCCAUUUUUGUCAAUAUUCAUUUAGAAACACUCAUUUCUGUAAUCUCGUUAUUGUAAAAAAAAUGAGAGAAACUAUUAGCACUUGUAUCUUAUAUAUAAUCUCAUAUGCAAAUUGGAAACACUAUUUUACAGCUAUCUUAAAAAAGAUUAUGUAAAGCCCAUUGUCUUAUAGCCCCGAAUUGGUGAUGAAAAAAACAGGUACCAACUUCAGUGUGUGGUCAAAGUAAUUUUUCUAAUUAGUAAAUGGAGGUUAUGUAUGGAUCCCUACCCAACUCUGUCAGAUGGAUUUACUAGUGUCUGUUAAAACAGGUCUUGACAGAUUAUGACAACCAACCAUAAAGUGUUGGCCUACAGUAAUCCAUAUCACGUAGCCAGGAAUAAUGGACUCCUCUUUCUAAAGCCCAAGAAUGACAUGUUGUUUUUGCUCAUUGUCAUUCUGUAAUGUCAAGUGCACGGACACAAGGCAUAUUGAUGUGAUGCAGUUUAUCCCAGUCAGUCACGUUAUGUGUCAAACCCAAGUGCCGUUCAAGCUGAGAAAGAAAGGAUAUUGUUUGGAGGACAACCUCCCCACAUGAACAGCAAAACAAUUGAUGAAUAAGGACAGCAUGAAGGGACUAAUGGCACCCCAUACAAGACUAUAUAAUGUGCUUGGAAAAUGUAUGGUUUCACAUAUGAAUUGUUUAACUGCUUGUAUUUACUGAAUGCAUUAAAUGCUUUUGCAUCUAUAUAAUGUUUUUAGAAUAGUACCAUAUAAUAGAGUUUACCUUGCCUUUAUGUCAUAUAAAAAAUGAGAGAGAGAGAGAGAGAGAGAGAGAGAGAGAGAGAGAGAGAGAGAGAGAGAGAGAGAGAGAGAGAGAGAGAGAGAGAGCACCACAAACCUAAGUAAUUGUGUAGUGUGGAGGCUUUCCCGCCUCUGUCUCCCUUUGUUUACGCUAUCACAAAUCAAGAUUAAUUGCUGAGGCUGGCGCAAAUUGGAAGUUGGCGUACAGGAAAUGGAGAUGUGUUGUCUGUGCUGUAAAGCGAAACACAUAAUAAGGCUGUCCAUCACGGGCUGCCACUGUCCUCUUAAGGCGAUCCCCCUGCUUCUAAAUCGCUAGUCUCCCCCUAAUAUAAUAGAUCCUCGGAAGCAAGACAUUAAUAAGAGGAGAAGACAGGAAACGAAUAAGAAUAAGAGGAAGAAGGGGGAAGAAGAAGAGAAGAAGAAGAAGAGAAAAAGAAGAGGAAAAAAGAGGCCUCUCUCCUCCACUAAAACCCUCCUCCUCCGCCUCGGGACGUCCAAGAAGAUCCCGACUAAGAGUCCUCCUAAACCUAUCGUAAUAGACUUAAAAAUCCCCUAAUAAUAAUCCCAACAGCUUCCCCUCCUCUCCCCCUCCUCCUCCUCCCUCUUCCUCUUCCCCCUUUCAUUCUCCUCCUCGACCUCCUCUUCCACCACCUUUCACCCCCCCCCCACUCUUGUCCUCUAUCUCCUCUUUUUUUACAACAACUCUCUCUCCUAUGUUGCAGGGCUCAAACUGGGCUGGACAGAGAGGCAGAUGUGGUCCACAUGGAGACCCACAUCGCCAAAGGACGUGAGUGCUGCUCUGUAGCGCGCCUCCCUCCCCCACAGUAGCAGGACCCCAAGGACCCCUUGCCUCUCAUUUAGAGCGAGGUCACUGGAAAGAUAAGGCUCAUUCUGGGCUGCAGGAUAGGCCCCAGAAGCACUGUAAAGCAGAGUACGAGUCUCUUGACAAAUAUAGAGCUUUAUAUAAUAGAUUGAUAGAUGUUUUUUCCCUUUAAUCGGUCCCUUGUGCCCCAUAUCAGAACAUUGAUUCUCCAAAAACACUAACACUAUAGACUUUAUUUAAUCAAACCAUUUACUGAGAUUCCUGGGUGGGACAAAAUAGUAUUACUUGUGUGAUGUGAGAGACAAUGAUUGAAUUAUCAACUUUGUUUCAUUGAUGCUCACAGUGCAAGUAGAAUGCUAUUUUUAUCUUGUCCCCAGAAAAUUGAGAAUUGGUUUGGAAAGAGUAGUGCCGACUAAAGAUAGAUGGAAGUCCAUUAGUUUGUGAUUUCUCUUCAAUGUUUUCUAGGAUUGUUACUGACAACUAAUCUAGUUCUCUUCUGUGUUAGGUGCUCAGUAUGUUAAGUGCAGAGCUCAACGAUGCACAGAAUCAAACAGACAAUACCUGUUCCCGGGACACAUAGACAAAAAUUCUCUGGUUGUUCAGGACGACUAUGUGUUUGUUCAGGUGUGUACUGUAUCUGUCUAUUUCUCCGGUACAUUUUACACGUUCACAAAAGGCUUGUGUUUCUGUGAACUCUGUUCUUAUGUUGCAGCCAAUCAGUGUUGUACCGUUGAAGUCUACAAAAUGGCUUUCUUUCUAAACACCUGCUGCACUUACAUCUUGAUUAUCUAUUGUCCAAGCUGCCUAUGAUGUUGAAGGAUUAUGUUACUACUGAAAGUAAAAGUGUUUUUAACACGUCUGCUGAAAGGCUUUUCUUAUAAUUGGGCAAGGAAUCUGUAUGGAGUUUGGGGUUAUUAUUGCCAAACAGGUUGACAUGACAUUGGCUCACAUUAGGCAAUGGCAUUGUGUGUCAUUAUGACUGAUUUGAUUUCUACUGCCUCCUGUUGCCAUUGAUUUCCAUUUACAGCUGAAGAUGUCUGUCUUUCUCUGUCAGCUUUGCUCUUCCUCAAUUUACACAGUUUUGCAGCACUAAUGAGGGUUUAGGUUCACCUAUUGUGUAACAUUAUUUAAUAAUAUGAUGUAGAAAUGGUUUGCUAAGACUUAAACGACAUACAGUAAGUGCUCUUCAAGUGUUCUCUUUUGGUUUAGAAUGAGACAGAUAUGUAAUGUGGGGUUUAUGGUGAAUGCUGCAUCUUGCCUAUAAAAAUCACCUUUUUUGAGUAUGUAGAUAAAUGGUAGGAUUUUACGGUGGUAAGUUGAUUUGUUUCAACUAUGUCAAUUCAGGGAUUUAUUUGAAAAUGCGAUUAAUGAACAAAAUAUUCUCAUUCUAAAUAAUUAGUAACUGUCUGGGUCAUAAAUGAUGAUCCAAUACAAUGCCUGAAUCGAAUUGGAGUUGAGAUGGAAUUGACCCCAGCAUCAUAGAUUUUUGUGAAAAUAGCCCAGUUGAACACAGCUGGCUUGUUGCAGGGCAGCCUGGUCUCAUAGACUAGACAUAACAUAGUAAACUUAAAUCUGGACACUCAAAAUAGUAUGAUAUGUUACGUUGGGUAUGGUUACAUCAGACAGAUGGUUACUUAAGGCAAAAACAAAAGUAGGUCGGUUGGUCGGGGUGGAUGGUGGAUGUAUAAUACAAAUCUCAUCACGGGCAACUUUAACAUUUUAGCUAAUGAUCAACUUUUCAACAACUUACUCAAUUUUAGAUACUAUGCAAGUACUUAGCAUGUUAGCUAACCCUUCCCCUAACCAUAACCUUAACCUUUUAACCUAACUCUUAAACUUAACCCUAACCCCUAAUCCCUAACACCUAGCCUAACUAACGUUAGCCAUCUAGUUAACGUUAGCCACCUAGAUAGAAUUUGUAAUUAUCAUACAUUUAGCAAAUUCGUAACAAAUAGUACGAAUUGUAAUUCGUAACAUAUCAUACGAAUGGGUGAUGGACAUCCACAAAUAAUACAUACCAUACGAAACGUAACAUAUCACACUAAAUUAAGUGUCUCGGAUUUACGUACAGAAUCAUACGAAAUGCUCUGAGACCAGGUUGUGCAGGGAGCUGUGGCGGUACAGAUGACUUUCUUGUGACUUUCAUUGCUUCGGGCAGUUGGAUUUAACCUGACAAAGAGUAAUGAGGUUAUCGAUUGGGCUACAACGAAAUAAGCAGUCUUCAACACCUCUAGAAUGUCUCUUGGGGGAGAAGGAACAGCCAAGUGCAACAUCCUCAGAAAUCUGGCCUGCGAAAAUGUAGCCCAUUGGUUUUCGAUAGAUUAUUCCAUUAGAGCUCUAAUGUAGUCUGUUUAGAGACAAUCGCCAUCCCUCUAGUUGAUUAGAAAAUAAGAAAACAAGUGGUGUGUGCCAUAGAAUGGAGGGGUGGUAGUGGUACAUCUAAGACAUGUAGAGAAGGACAAAACCAUUUGUACAGUAACUGUAAAUACAGUAGUAUUUAAUUGGGAUGUUGGUGUAUAAACUUGUAUUGCCUACUGUGUUGUAGCAUCAAGUCCCUAAAUUAUACAAAAACAAUUAUGAUUUGAAAUGUAUUUCCUCAAUUUAAUUUUUGUAAAUUCUUGUAUUGAAGUGGCUAAACUCGAUUUACCAAAACUGGAUUUAAGUUGUACCUAGAUUUCCACUUCUAGAAUAUAGUUUCAUUCUAUGUCACGUUCGUUUAUGGAAGAUACGGACCAAGGCGCAGCGUGAUAAGCUUACAUUUUAUUUAGUACUUAACUCACGACAAAAAACAACAAACAAACGAUACGUGAACUCCUAGGUUACACAAAACAAACCUUUACGGAACAAGAUCCCACCCAGACUGGUGCCAAACGGCUGCCUAAGUAUGGUCCCCAAUCAGAGACAACGAGCUACAGCUGCCUCUGAUUGGGAACCACCCUGGCCAACAUAGAUCUACACGAUCUAGAAAACACAACAUAGAAAAUAUGACAUAGAAACUCCACACCCUGGCUCAACAUUUAAGAGUCCCCAGAGCCAGGGCAUGACAUUCCAAUGGUGUAGGUUUGAAAAAUAAUAGAGUUCUUCUGUGGGGUGAGUCAGUGCUUCCACGACCUUAAGUCGAGGUGCAGUAAAAAAAUUAGUGUGUUAAAAUCAUUGAUAUUUCAAAUGGAUUCAUUCUAAUGAAGGCCAGCAUGCCUGAAACAUCGAUGAGUUUAACAUACUCAAUAAAAUAUGAACUUGACAAGCUAGAGUUACACUUAUUCGCCCACAAGAGCUCUUGAAGCAAUACCUUUUUCUUCUUCUACAGGUUACCAAGUCAGGGCAGGCGAGUUACUUUGUGUCCUAUAUGAGGGAAUCAUUUAAACGGAUUCAGCUACCCAAAUACUGUCUUCCCAAGGUAAGCAUCAAACUACCCAAAUAUACCAUGCAAUAAAUGCAGCAGCAGUUUGAGGAACAUGAGACAAUUUUCAUUUCUGAAGCCUCCCUUUACUCAGACUGCUGUCAUGUUGUGGAGACCGAAAGCUGCUCAUCUUGAAGCACACUUGUUAUUUCUCUCUAUCGCUCUACAGUAUAUUUCUCUCCAUCUGUCUGUGUGUCUGUCUAUUUGUCUCUACCUACCUGCCCGUCUGUUCAUCCUUCCACCAUCUCUCUCUCGUCUCUAACAGGACAUGCACAUCAUCAGUACAGAUGAGAAGCAGGUGUUUUCUGCUGUACAGGAGUGGAACCAGAAUGAUACCUACAGUCUAUAUAUCUCAGACUCUCCAGGGGUCUACUUCACUCUGUCUCUAGAGAACCUCCGGACCAGAAGAGAGCCAGGCGGAAAUUUACUGGUUGACCUGUAUAAGGUACAUCUACUGUAUGUGUAUGUAAGCCACUCUCCCUGUGGAAGGACCUCCAUAAGGUGCUCUUAGGUAUACCAUAUUACUAUGUUAAGUACCGUUUGUUUAGUACCUCUGAAAGGCACACUUCCUGUGUAUGAUUUAAUCUCUACUGUAGUUUUGCACAGUGCAAGGAAUUUUCAUAACCAUUAAGUUAUUGUUUAAAAUAAUGACAUACACUGCGAUACUCUCUCAAUGCGAUACCUCUUUUGUUUUAUCCAUUUGGCUUGUUGCCAUUCUAGGUAGAAGGAAUAAAUGGCAUAUUUCUAGCCAACAAAUUGGUGGACCAUGAAGUGAAGACAUUCAUCACCUAUAACAAGGGUCAGACCUGGGCCCUGCUGCAAGCCCCUAACACUGAUGUGGCUGGAAACAGUCUGCACUGCAUCCUGGUGAGUUGAAGUUAUGGAUGGUGUGGUGGAUGAUACUGCUUCUGAAAGAAUUCAUUCAUCAAAUGUUCCAAUCCAUCCGAAGCUCAUUGAUUUAAGAGUUAGAGUUGGUCAUGACAGUUGCCAGUCCACAAAGCGUGUCAAAAUCUCCAUUAACCUCAACUAUUUCAAUUUGCCUCCAGUAAUCACUGUGCAGAUACAUCACCCUAAUGAAAGUUACAUUACAGUUAAUGCAGUUAGUGGUGAUCUGUGUAAGAUAUGUUUGAUAUUCAUUUAAAUUAUACAAUCAUUUUGAAUAUUAAAAGCCAGUUAACAUAAUAUGCAUAUAUUAUGCAUUUUGAUAAGAAUGAGAGGAAUUAUUGAUAUAACACAGUUUUUGUCUGUGUCGUUCAAAUGCCCGUUGUACUAUGGCCUCCCCUCUGGGUUUUUAAAAGCUUCUAUUGAUGUUUCAAAAAGUGCCUGAAUCAGAGAGAUGAGUGAUUCAGAUUUAUCAGUAAAUGAAACAAUUUUGUCAGAUUUAUCUUUGCAUCUUGAGGAUUUUUUUAUUACAUGGCUUUAAAAUGGAACAGCCAGCUCCAAUGUCCUCUACAGGCAGUUUCAAUCUGUUGGUGGAAAAGAUGAAAAAAGUUAAUUUGUUUCAUAAAUGGUCUUUGUAAACUUCCUUUUUAAAUAGAGAUUAGUUUGCGCAGUUUGAACACAGAGUCAAAUAUAAAUGAGUCAGAUCAGUAUAAGAUGUUUGAUUUGGUGUCUUGGUUUAGGCCUAUAUCUAAAUUGAAUCCAUUGUGUUUGUUUUGGCAGCCAUUUUGUUCUCUGCAUCUGCACCUGGAUAUGCCAGUGAACCCUUACCUGCCUGGACGCAUCUUCAGCAUGGACUCAGCACCAGGGAUCAUCGUAGCUACAGGUAGGACAGAAGUAGAAAUAGGUUGAUAAUGCCUAUUUCUGUGUUCAACCAACAAAUUAGUAAAGGUAGGUAUAGCUGUUAAGGCAAACUUUUAUAUGUGGUAGAAAUGUAAAAAAUCUGUAAAUGGAAUACAGAUCAAUAAACGUGUUUAUGAUGAGAUCAGGUCCUUCAAUUUAAAAAAAAUUAUGACAUUAUGCAGGUUUGUUUUCUUAGAAAAUAUGUGUCUUUACUAUGCAAAUAUAUUGGUAUAUGAAUUCAUAUUUUUGUUUUUGUUUUCAGGCAACAUUGGUACAGAGCUGUCCUCCACUAACCUUGGAAUGUUUAUAACAUCUGAUGCUGGCAAUAGCUGGAGACAGGUGUGACCGAUCUGUGCCUCAAAAUGGGCUCCAACUUCAGUUAGUUUUGUCUAAAUGUGCAUUAUGAAUGUGAACAACUUUUGAUGUAAAUCAUGUUUAUUGUUUUCUACCUUUUUUAGAUUUUUGAAGAAGAACUCGGUGUUUGGUUUCUUGACAAUGGAGGUGCUUUAGUUGCAGUGUCUUUAGUUGCAACAGUACCCAUCCGGCACGUAUGGUACGUUCACUGUAAUUAUACUAUAAAUGGUAGUUUUAUAAUGAUAUUCACUGUAUGUAAAGAUACAUUAUACUGUAACUUAUCAGUUGAUUUCAGAAACUGGUGUGCAAAACAUAGAGACUAAUGUUGAAGUUCCUAUUUCAGGACACAACUCAUUUCAUUCUGAUUUCAGUGUUGGUGUUGUUGUUGCAUAUGAUUACAUUUAGCCUUUGAAAUGCUGAUUGGCAAGGGACGUUUGUAUGGGAUGCCCAUCUCCAGCAAUUGCAACUGUUUCUCUCGCCACAUCAAAACUGUCAGAAUCCUUUCAACGGAAAAUGGCUGUUACCGCUUUGUACUGUUCGUGGGUAUUUUCGAGAGCUUUUAUGCAAAUGUAGCCAAGUGCAGGUUUGAAGUAUCGAGGGACUUUGUUGGCCUGGGUCCUUCUGUUGUUGGAACCCUGUCACACCAGAUACUUUGAUGUCCCCCGCACUGAAACAGUGUCACAAUCAAUUAAGAUCUGUGAAAGGUGAUUUAAGUCCCUCAAUUGUUAGAGUGUGAGUCAUAUCUAUUUUUUUAAUGUUUUGUCGCCUUCGACAUUUACCUAGACCCGUGAAACAUUAGUUCCAUUGUUGAGUGCGUAGUUGGGAUAAUUUCCCAUAUAGAGAACAGGCUGAUAAGGGUACUUCAUUUUUCAUCUAUGGCAUGGUGAGAAUGUAUCUUAUUGUCUUAAGAACAGUAACACUAGGAAUUUGGACAUAUUUUGUUGACCUCUGUUUGUAGAAAUGUCACACCUUACAAAGAUUACAAAGAUGCCAUAGAGUUACAUCUUUUGGAAUUGUGGUGUACUUGUAAUUAUACCAUUACUAACAUAGUCAUUGUUUUGAGUUUGCAAGAAAGGCAUUUCACUGUACUUGUGCAUGUGACAUUAAAACUUUAAACUAAUGAACUACAUUAUGUAUUCAAUCAGAUGUUAAUAGUUGUUGUCCUGUGUUGUGAAACAGGUUAAGUCUGGACGAGGGUAAGAAAUGGGAUCGCCACAGUUUCUCUCUGGCUCCUUUGUUUCUGGAUGGAGUUCUCAUGCAGCCAGAGAAUCACAUCAUCACGUAAGUGGAGUCGGGGUUUGGUCAACAUUAAGUAAACACAGACCUCAUAUUCUAGAUUCCAGCUCAUCUGGUUAUGAGAGUAAAAUUAUGUUGUUAUUAUGCAUGAAUGGGUAAAUAGCGUUUACACUUCAUUUCUCAAUUUACAAUGUUUUGGUUGCCAAGAGGUGCUAUACACGUAAUUGUGAUUGCAUAUAUUUUACUUUUGUUUGUGUUUAAUUUGAGCAUCUGGGCCACAGCAGCAAUAUCCUGGUCUGGGCAGACCCAGCAUCUUAAUUUUACAAGCGACAAAGACAAUAAGGCUAAUAACUUACCUAAUGUUUUGUUUUGUUGAUUUAAGUUUCACUGGACACUUAAGUCGUGUUUCAGAAUGGCAGCUGAUAAAGAUUGACUACAAAGCCAUCUUUAGCAGGAGAUGCAUGGAUGGAGAUUAUCAGACUUGGCACCUACAUAACAAGGUAACAGACAUAUUGAAAGUUAUUGAUUUGAUGCCAACAUCAAGAUGGGCAUGUUUGUUUAUUGUAACUGUAAACACAGCACAUGAAUGCACACACACACACACAUGCACGCACACACACACAUGCACACACACACACUCAGCUGAAUCACAUCGUAUAUUCAUACAGUAUAAUUUCAGACUGUUGAGCACUAAAAAACAUUGAAUCAAUAUAAUGAAAUUCACCACAGGGAAUGACAUGUCAUGUUGUUUGAUAGGGAGAGCCCUGUGUGAUGGGAGAGAAGCAGACCUUUAUGAAACGGAGGCCAGGGAACCGCUGUAUGCUGGCCCAGGACUACUCCCGAGUCAUAUCCUCAGAACCAUGCAUCUGCAGGUCAUAUGAUUUUGAAUGGCAAGUAAAGUUGUUACAUCAGUGAAUAGGCAAGGGCAGUGUACAUUUAGCCCAUCUCCAAACACUCUGCUGGACAUGAAAUGGAAUUGUUUCUUAAUUACUGGAGCCUCACAGGACUUAACAGCCCUCCUAAUCACAUAUCUAACCACCACAGAUAUUACUUUGCUCAACUUUAUACCUCUUCAAUUUCCCAAUAUGUUCUCUAGUUUAUUGCAUAUAGCCACUGUGCAUGCAUCCACACAAUCCAAUUAUAGUUUGCAAAUUGUGAAUGUGAAUAAGAGGCUGAUCUCAUUUACAUAAUGUCAAAUGAUUUAUCAUCAUCCAAUUAAUAAGUCAUUAAUUGUUAAAUUAAUUCUAAAUGUAUUUUAUCUUUCUAUCUGAAAUUCUAUUUGAUCCUACAUCUGACAACAGUCAUGUUUCUAGUUAUGACCUAUCGUUCAACUGAAAAUGCAUUUUUGUGACAGAUAGGGGAAAGGAGGCUGUGUUUUCUGAAAUGUCUCAUGUUUUACAGUGAUUAUGGGUAUGAACGUCAAGCCGAUGGAAAGUGUUCCCCUGCUUUUUGGUUCAACCCAAACACUGCAACAAGAAGCUGUAGCACUAGCCAUAACUACCUCAACAGCACAGGGUAGGUAACUUGUAGUACUGUCCCUCAUUCCUUCCUCCCUUGGGAAAAAUAACACUCUGUGCUGUGAUUUGAUAGGGCCCUUUGUUCAGAAAUUAUUCUCUCUGCAUUGUGAGACUACAUUAAACCUAGUCUCACUCUCCAUUCUAAAAUUACAUCUAUGCUGUGAAUGUUCAGGUACAGGAAGGUUUUGUCCAAUAAUUGCAAAGAGGGAGGGAAGGAUGUGUACUCCCCCAGGAAACAGCAUUGUUCCCCCAGGCCUCCCAGAGGCCUCAGACUGACUACCAGCCAGGGAGAGCUCACUGCCACCGUGGGCAGUAAUGUCACCUUCCUGGUGUAUCUGGACGAUGUGAGUUUCCUCUCCCACCACUAACCGAAACUGUGCCAUUACUAGACAUAUUAUUAUUAUUUCAUCAGUAAACUGUGGAAGUUUGUCCUGGAUUAUCUUGUGCUUUUGAAGUGUUGGAUGACGUGACGUCCCCAGAGCCUGAAGUUCUCUCAUCUGGUUUUGGGAUGAAAGCACUAUUACUCACUACAUUUGUCUGUGUUACUUUUCCUUUCUAUCUUUAUCUCUCUCACUUUCGCGUCUCCAGGGCCCAGUUUUUCAAAAGUUAUCUGAUCGGAUUUUGGCAAUCGGAUAGGAUUAAAUGUUAGAAUUGGGUUUUUACAAAACUGAAAAAGGUGAUUCUGAUCCUCCGGAUAGGGAUAAAGAUUUGGUAAUCCAAUCUCACCUUUAAUCAGGAUUGAAUUUCAUUUUUUUGGUGUUUUUUAAAACUCAAAGAUACUGAUUACGAUAGUUUUGAUGCCGGAAAUCUGGAUGAUCUUGAUCCCACUGGAAGGGUGGAUUCAGGGUGAAUUUAGAAAGGUGAAAGGCUCUACAACCAAGAAAUGUCAAUGUAACUAAGGUGACAAGGUUUUACAUUUUUUUCUUAUAUCUGAUAACCAAAGUUGAAUUAUGUUAAAUUGAUCACUGUAUAGAUAUGUUGUUAUUUUGAGAAGUUUCAAAUAAAUGUAUUUACUUAUAAGUGGUAUGCAAGCUCUAAUAUGUUUAAUCUAGGUACAUUUAUUCAUGUAGUUUACUCAUCUCUGUUUCCAUAUGACAGUGUAGAAGUAGGAACAUGACCUGUUCAGUAGAUGGCAAGGCCUGUUCAAAGUACUGAAUAUCCAGAUUCUGUGAUCUUGAUAUCGUGGUAUCUGGAUCAGAAUGAUCCUAUCCGAUUAUUGUAUUUUUUUUAAGCGGCAAAAAAACUGCCAGAUUGAUCUGAUCCUGGAUAGCAAAAAGGAGGAUUACAGAAUCCGGCUCAUUCUGAUUCUGAUUAAAAGUUUAGAAAAACUGGGCUCUGCACUUCUCCGAUGUCUAAUCUGAAAUCUCAUCCCAAGUAUUUCCCUAGACAGCUCUUCCCUGUAAAAGAUAAUGCAGUGUCAUAACAUAAUCUGUUUUGACUAAUGAUGCCUGUCUUACUUCUUGUCUCCAGGGAAACUCGUUGUGGACUUAUAUCCAGCUAGACUUUGGGGACGGCAUCACGUUCAUGUACAACCUGAGCCGGAGAGGCGAUGGGAUCAAACACAGCUAUAGAGAAGCUGGGAUCUUUAGAGUGACAGCACAUGCAGAGAACAGCCAGGGUUAUGACAUUAGCUCCAUGUUCCUACACAUCACCAGUAUGUCAAUGAGAAACACUGGCUCCCUUAUUUCUUAUGUGGUUUUAUUAGUUUUCCUGCCCAAGCAUGUUACCACAUUAAACCAUAGAUUAUGGAUGAUCAUACGUCACCAACUAUAGAUUGACCUACAACAACAUUUCAUGUAUUGAAUGUUAAGUGCUUAUGAAGCUGUUUGAUUUUGUUGUAUUGGUCAACUAACCAAUUUACUGUUACCAAAAAGACUGCAUUCAGUUUGUAUUGGCCAAUGUGGUUCUCUUGUGUGCUUUGAUGUGUCUCAGGCCCAGUGGAACGUGUGCAUCUCUCAGCUCCUAUUGUGGCCAUCAGGAAGAAAGAAGCUAACCUAACGGCUGUGGUCUGGCCUGUCCAUCACAGAACACUCACCUUCUUCUGGUGGUUUGAAAACAGCUCAGAGGUGAGAUUCCUUCACCCAAUUACUCUGACCUUGGGUUUAUUUGUGGAAAGUUAUUUUGUUCCUUUGUGUUUUCCAUGUGUGCUAAAAAAGGCAAGGUUAUGCGGUUUUCUAUACCAUUCUCUUUGUCUUGCGAAACCCAGCCCUUAAUAACCUUGGAUGGAAGCAUCUCGUACACGUUUUGGAAGGAGGGCAUGAACAAGGUCAUGGUCCAAGUGUCUUCUGGGUGCAACAUACUGCAGGAUACCAAGGUCAUCAUUGUUAAAGGUGAGUGGGAAGGCGUCCUUCGAAUGCUUUUAUUGGUAAUAUGAAUGUAACGUAAGUACGCAACUUGUUUUUAAUCACACAUCUUCAUGUAAACACUGCCUUGUUAGUGACAAUGUGGACGUCAUCUCUACUCCCAACUAGUCACCUCUACUCCCAACUAGUAACCUCCAUGCCAUGAGAAACAAGAGUAAAUUGUAAAUUCAUGUUAGAUCAAAAGCAAUUCUGAGCAAACGUAAUAAUUCUUAAUGAUAUGUUGCCACACGGUAACACUUUGUGGUAGAGGGUUCAUGGCAGCAUCCUCCAUGUAUCACAGAUUUCUUCAAAUCCCUGCUGUUAUCGUUCUCUCCGGCUUUGGACGAGCACAACCCUGACAUCUCGGAGUGGAGAGAGGACGUGGGCCGCGUGUUGAGAACAGCUAUAUCACAGGUACAGGAAGAAGUUCCCUCUGGGACGACAGUCAACAUGAGGUUGUCACGCAAUGGCUUUUAUGGUCUUAACAAUUUCAAAACAUGAGACAUGAUGAGGAUUACUUCAUUCAAUGUGAUAUAUUAAGGAAGUAAAGUAAACAUAGAUGUUUGAUAUCAUGUGUUUUCCCACAAUAGCAGUGUGUAUGUUUGACUGUAAGACUGCUAUUACAGGUGUCUGGGUUUCCAGAGGAACGGCUGUUGGUAUCGUUCUUUCCAGGUGUUCCAACAACAGCAGAACUAUUCAUCCUGCCUGAGACACAGUUGCCUGAACAUGGGAAGCGGAACAAAGAGGACUUAGUGAGUGUAAGCAUAUUUUGCUUCACUUUUUGCAAGAGUUUGUCUUUUUGGAAAUCUUCUAGAACAGAUCUAAUCGUCUUAUUCAUCUGCUCAAAAUCCACAUUUGUACAAACAAUGGGGUUUAACUGACUUAAUUGGUUUUCCAAGAUAAUGUUAUCAUAAACCUUUCUUCAAAUCUGAGAAAGAAUAAUCUUUGCAAAUGCACAUUUUGGGGUGACAUGUCAUUUUUGUAUUAUGUCAAACAGAUAUCAGGCAUUCUUAUAAAUGCCCUGAACGAAGGAUUGAUCCAGUUUGAGUUGAAAGCUGACACUCUAAUAAUUGUUUACAUCACACAGCUAACUUUGGGUAAGUUGCAGUUUUUCUUUGACUCUUUCACAGUAUAAAGUGCAAAAUAACAACGCAUAAACAAUUCAAAAUACUAUAAUAAGCACUGUACUGACACUCAAUUUACCAGCUAAUGUCAAAUGUCAAAAUGUCAAAAUAAUAAGCACUGUACUGACACUCAAUUUACCAGCUAAUGUCAACAGCAGACAUUAAUGGACAUUUUCCAUUGAAUCCCUUUUGUAACUAGCUUAUUACAGUAGAGUAUCUUGGAGUCGUUGCGAUCAAUAAUACGAUUAACAAUGGAUAUCUUUAGUAUGCACCUUUGAAAUCAGCGGGGUCAUUUGAAUAUUAGCAUAUCACCAAAAGGUGUUGAUCAAGCCCACAUUACUUUACCCUUUUCAUCCAGCGAUUUAUCCAUCUUCAUUUGUGUCUGCAUUGAAAGGUCUGAGAAGCCUUUAAAAUGCUAUGGAAAGGUCAUCAACUUCACUGGUCUCCUCUUGGAGGAGAGAAAGAUGGGUUGGGAGGGGUGGGCUAAUACAUACUCUGAAUAAUACGCCUUAGCACUUAAAGCCUUGACCAAGCGCAAACCUUUCAGAUGCAUGGGGAGAUAGAGUGAGACCUCAUGGAUGGAGGCCCUUUGUAUGCCGUCUUAAAAUGGAACAUGACAGAUACCGCUCCUUCUGAACUGCUCAGACCUAAUGGGCACAUACUACGUGAAUAAAAGUGAAUAUUUGCUGGUUUCUGCCCUUGUUUUUCUCCGAUGUUUUUCACUGUCUUUUUUGUGUGUUUGGCAUGAUUUGUUUAGUUUAUUAGGAUCCCUUAUGCAGCAGCUACUCUUCCUAGGGUCCACACAAAAUGUACAUGACACAGUACAGAACAGUUAAAGACAAGAGUAACACAAAGACAAUACUACGUUAAAUGAAUGAUAUCAACAAAGAAAUUGGCUAAAGCAGAAACUGUUCUCUCUGUCUUUCCCCAGCACCUCUGGUUUACUCCAACCCUAUUCACAGUAGCUCAGUCAUGCUGAUGUUGCUAUCUGUGGCGUUUGUUGGUUUAGCUGCGUUCUUCAUCUUCAAGUUGAAAAGGUAUGUUCUCAUUCAAAUAUUGAUUGCUUGGUUAUAGUCAACCUAUUUUGUCUUAUUUUGUCUUAGUGGCAUUCAGAAGCUACAGUGGGGAGAACAAGUAUUUGAUACACUGCCGAUUUUGCAGGUUUUCCUACUUACAAAGCAUGUAGAGGUCUGUAAUUUGUAUCAUUGGUACACAGAGACGGAAUCUAAAACAAAAAUCCAGAAAAUCACAUUGUAUGAUUUUUAAGUAAUUCAUUUGCAUUUUAUUGCAUGACAUAAGUAUUCCGGCUCUCACAGACCUGUUAGUUUUUCUUUAAGAAGCCCUCCUGUUCUCCACUCAUUACCUGUAUUAACUGCACCUGUUUGAACUCGUUACCUGUAUAAAAGACACCUGUCCACACACUCAAUCAAACAGACUCCAACCUCUCCACAAUGGCCAAGACCAGAGAGCUGUGUAAGGACAUCAGGGAUAAAAUUGUAGACCUACACAAGGCUAGGAUGGGCUACAGGACAAUAGGCAAGCAGCUUGGUGAGAAGGCAACAACUGUUGGCGCAAUUAUUAGAAAAUGGAAGAAAUUCAAGAUGACGGUCAAUCACCCUUGGUCUGGGGCUCCAUGCAAGAUCUCACCUCGUGGGUCAUCAAUGAUCAUGAGGAAGGUGAGGGAUCAGCCCAGAACUACACGGCAGGACCUGGUUAAUGACCUGAAGAGAGCUGGGACCACAGUCUCAAAGAAAACCAUUAGUAAAACACUACGCCGUCAUGGAUUAAAAUCCUGCAGCGCACGCAAGGUCCCCCUGCUCAAGCCAGCGCAUGUCCAGGCCCGUCUGAAGUUUGCCAAUGACCAUCUGGAUGAUCCAGAGGAGGAAUGGGAGAAGGUCAUGUGGUCUGAUGAGACAAAAAUAGAGCUUUUUGGUCUAAACUCCACUCGCCGUGUUUGGAGGAAGAAGAAGGAUGAGUACAACCCCAAGAACACCAUCCCAACCAUGAAGCAUGGAGGUGGAAACAUCAUUCUUUGGGGAUGCUUUUCUGCAAAGGGGACAGGACGACUGCACCAUAUUGAGGGGAGGAUGGAUGGGGCCAUGUAUCGCGAGAUCUUGGCCAACAACCUCCUUCCCUCAGUAAGAGCAUUGAAGAUGGGUCGUGGCUGGGUCUUCCAGCAUGACAACGACCCGAAACACACAGCCAGGGCAACUAAGGAGUGGCUCCGUAAGAAGCAUCUCAAGGUCCUGGAGUGGCCUAGCCAGUCUCCAGACCUGAACCCAAUAGAAAAUCUUUGGAGGGAGCUGAAAGUCCGUAUUGCCCAGCGACAGCCCCGAAACCUGAAGGAUCUGGAGAAGGUCUGUAUGGAGUAGUGGGCCAAAAUCCCUGCUGCAGUGUGUGCAAACCUGGUCAAGACCUACAGGAAACGUAUGAUCUCUGUAAUUGCAAACCAAGGUUUCUGUACCAAAUAUUAAGUUCUGCUUUUCUGAUGUAUCAAAUACUUAUGUCAUGCAAUAAAAUGCAAAUUAAUUACUUAAAAAUCAUACAAUGUGAUUUUCUGGAUUUUUGAUACCUAUGAUAAAAAUGACAGACCUCUACAUGCUUUGUAAGUAGGAAAACCUGCAAAAUCGGCAGUGUAUCAAAUACUUGUUCUCCCCACUGUAUAUUAUACUCUCAACUAUUAACAAAGAAGUGAAGUUGUUACAGUACUGCAGGUUAAGUUCGCAUGACGUCAGUAGAGUGGUGUCUGGCUUGUUAGGAAAAUCCCUUGGAUCCAUGUCCAGGCUGAGGAGAACCAGGAAAAGGAGCCGGAGAUGAUCGGCACGGUCAGGCAGAACAACACCAUGUCCAAGAUGAAGCUCAGUGAGUUCCCCUCAGAGAAGGAACUCAUGGAGAAAGAACUGGAGACCAGGAGC